AAAGUGCAAGUGUUGCAUUUGGGAGGACAAAAAGUGUGGGUGCUUUACAGGAAACCUGCUUGCAUCGCCCAUAGACCCAUCCCAUUUGUGUGAGUGACAGCCAAAAGCAGACAGGGUGAGUGGGAGAAAGAGUGAAUGAGAGAGAAAGACAGGUUGAGCGCAUGCACACUUGUAGUUCAAAACUAAGAGCAUGCAGCGGACUCUUUCACUCUGCAGUUUAACACAGGGGUCACUGGUUUCUGCUCACAGGAUAAUAUGAUAUUGUGAAGACUUUUUCAUCUGAGCUCAGUGCUCAAGGAAAUGCUAAUAAGAUUGAUUCAUUGCAUCAGGGGUCUGUCCUGAAUGUGUUCAGCAAUCAACGGUGUAUUUCCCCUGAGGAUCAGCUGUGAGGGACUGGCAAACCCAGGAAGACUGCAUGGGGAGGUGUCGAUGUCCACCAAUGUCACUGGAUUCCGGGCACAUCGUUCCCCCCAGCAUUUGGAGAUGGACUUGGCCUGGCAGGAACUGAUGGCCAUCACAGAUCUUCAGGAGUUUGAGGUACCCAAUGAGAAUCCCUUUGAAGCAAUCCCAUACCUCUCCAUGGAGCCCAUGGUUUCUCAAGGGGGGUUCGGGAUGAGUCAACCUCAGCCAGAAACCAUUCCAGCUGCUUGUGAUGCCCAUCAUGCUGGUGUUUAUGAAAACGCAUACCCAGAAACUAUGCCACCCUAUCAGCGUUUGAACCCACACAUGGAUAUGCACUACGGCCACGGUUCCCCCAGAACGCUUGCGAAUACGCAAGCUCUUCAUCCACCGCUCAUGAGUCUCUUGGAGCACAUGAACAUAGCAACACGCAAUCAUGGGAUUGCGAAAGAUGGCGUUAUCAACCUUCAUGGCACAGGGCAAAUCAAACAAGUUUGCACGGAUGAUCUGGAGUCAGAUUCCGGUUUGUCGCUUGGUUCAAGCCCGCCGCUCGCUUCUCCUGAGAAUGGGGUGCACGGAGUACCUACGUACUUACCUGCAGAUGGUACGAUGGGCUAUGCUGAAAGUCAAUUCGAAAGCAUUGGGGAACAGUGUCGCAUGCGGCCUACUCUGCUCGGGUCUGCUGACUACCAGCAGCCCUACAGCUCAUAUCCUGGAGCAUCUUUUCCCACAGCUGCAAAUAUGCAAGCUAUCAACCAGCAGACUUACCAACCACUGGCAGUUUUACCCACAGCACUGCAUGAUCAGCUAAAUAGCUCAGGUUUAACAAGACUAGGUUCAUAUCAGGCUCCGUACCCAAAGCCAAAAUCAAACUGUGCUCCUGUACCCCUGAGCAGAGAUGAGCGGCGAGCCCUCGCUCUAAAAAUCCCAUUCCCCCUGGAGAAGAUUGUGAACCUACCAGUGGAUGACUUCAACGAGCUUUUGACCCAAUUCACGCUGAGCGACAAUCAAAUGGCACUCGUGAAGGACAUUCGCAGACGAGGGAAGAACAAAGUAGCAGCUCAGAACUGCCGCAAACGGAAGUUGGAGAACAUUGUGCAUUUAGAACACGAUUUGGGCCAACUUAAAGCUCAAAGAGAACAUUUAACCAGAGAAAGACUGGAGUUUCAGCAAAACCUAGCCAUUAUCAAAUGUCGGCUCUCAGAUCUUUACACCCAAGUGUUUUCACAGCUACGUGACGAGGAGGGACACCCAUAUUCAGUUGACGAGUAUUCACUACAACAAACUAAUGACGGCAACAUUUACUUGGUGCAACAGAAUACAGUACUGGAGGGUGAAUGA